UCGUUGGAACUUGCAUGCCUGGGCAGGCCUUUCCAGCUGGGAUCUCUCUAUGACCGCCGAAGCGACACCAUCCAGACGGACAUCACCCUAUGGAAGAAGACGACGCUGGAAGAAAACACGACAGAAUCUCCGCUGCCGUCCUGCUCUUCAGAGAUCAUAGCGGAGGAUGGCAUCUCGGAGAAGACAUCUGCCCUGGACAUCGAUGCCAGUCUCAAGCUCAGUUUCCUCAGCGGCCUCGUCAAAGUCUCAGGUUCAGGGAAGUACCUGGACGAUAGGAAGUCGUCCUCCCAGCAAGCCCGUGUAACCCUUCUAUACAAGUCCACGAGCUGCUUCAAAGGGCUGACCAUGGAGAAACUGGGUACGGAAGGGAUCGAGCAUCUCGAAGUGUUCGAGAAAGACAUCGCUACCCAUGUCGUCACCGGGAUCGUGUACGGAGUUGACGCUUUCUUUGUUUUUGAUCGAGACGUCUCCUUCAACGAAACAGUCCGAGAUGUGGAAGGGAGAUUAAAUGCUGUCUUCGACAAAAUCAAGGGUUCAUCAGCCAAGGGAGAAACGUUGGCCAGGGCGAACGAAGCAGAAAAUUCAGAAACAUAUAACCUUUGCUGUAAAUAUUAUGGGGAUGUUUUUCUUCCGAAGAAUCCAACCACUUUCCAGGAAGCUCUGCGUGUAAUCGAAGAUCUCCCAACGCUUUCUCGCAAAAUGAGCGUGCCAAAGCGGGUCUAUCUCUUCCCACUGCACAAGGUGGAUGACAGGGCCACCCGCUUCAUUCGAGAGGUUAGCGUGGGAAUCGUUCUAGAAGUGGAAGAGGUUCUGGAGUUUUUGCACGCAGUCAAGGUCCUGGCAGACGACUUGGCCAAGUCCAAUGUGUGCCAUCACUUCUCGGGAGUACGAACCCAGUUGGAUAUCUUCCGGCCGUUAGUCGACGGAUACAAGGAGAAAUUUCAGCAGAGGAUUAUGCCCAUUUUGAAGGUUGUUCGUGGCUGUGGUGCCGAGGAAGUGUCUCUCUCCCAAAUCGUGCAGCAAAUGAUAUCAUCCCCCUUCAACAAGGAGUAUCUCUCCAACUGGUUGAAAGGGAAAGAAGAAGAGAUAAGAACACUGGAAAAGUACCUGGAAUUAUUUCAUGAAGUCCCCUUUGCCUUUGAUCCUGGGGAAUUUUUUAACGUUGCCAAAGAUAUGAAGAUCUCAUCAGUCAUCUGUUUUGUUUUUGAUGUCGGUUCCAAAACUGAUGCGUAUUUGGAGCAAAUGUCUGCGUACUUGAAGGGAGAAGAAUUGAACAACUCCUCUUUGGAGUGUGAAAUUCCACAAUUUUGGUUUGAUGAUCAAGAAAUCAUGUUGGCAUUGGAAGCAGACAUGUGUAAUUUCCUGAGUUUCUUCAAAGCCAACAAGUCAAAGAGCAACUUGAAGUUCGUGGUGACGGAGAAACAACUCGAAAAGACAUCCCACGACAUCUUUCUCUAUGAAGACGGGGUCCCGAGAUGUUUCGUUCCACCAGGGAUCCCCGGAGUACCGAAGGCUCUCAAGGUCACUCAGGACACCAUCCGACUAUCUUGGGAGCCGCCCCGCCACGGAUUGGAAUUCGUGGAAGGAUACUGGGUGUCGUACCGUCCACUCAUGGGCGAAGAUGAAUGGUUUGAGCACGCAGUGACCGAGAACACCGUCAACACUACCAUAUCCGGCCUUAUUCCCAAUAGGAAGUACGUUUUUAAGGUUCAAAGCGUUUGCUCAGUCGGGGGCAGCGAAUACAGCGCUGAGAGUGAACCCAUCCAGAUGAAUCCUUCUAAAUUCGACCGGGUUGCUACUGCAGGUAAUCAGAACUAG